AUGCAGUACUUUACCGUUCUCGCAGCCCUGUUCGCAGGCGCUAUGGCAUCCCCGAUGGCUCUCGACUCGCCCAUCGCCGGCUACCGCAUCGAGACCCUGCAGUGGUCGAUCCAGAUGGGCCCCGGCCACUUUGAAGUCCUGAACGGCACGAUCCAGGAGGUCAUGGCCCAGGCCCAAGAGAUCAACCCGAACUUUGAGAUUCCCGCCGUGCCCGAGGCGGAGGAGAAGCGCUCCGUCUCCCUCGCCCCGUCCAGCUCAUCCAGGCUGAACAAGCGCGCGCACGAGAUCUGCGGCAUCUUCCCCUCGGCCAGCAAGUUCCGCAUCCAAGAGGGCAUCUCCUACCUGAACCGCCUCCCGGCCGGCGACCGCCCUCUGCUGCCCCCGGGACCUGGUGCCUGUGGCCGCGUCAGCUGCUCGUAUAAUUCGGCCAUUUGGUGGUGCAACGACAACAGAAGUGUUUGGGGACCCGGUGGCUGGGAGUUCAUUGCGCAGGGCGCACAAAAGGUCAUCGACACGUGCGCCCGGAACGCGGACUGGGUUUCGGGCCAGGCUUUCGAUGAUCGGAACUGGAACACCAUCGUCCGUGGUGACUCGUGCUAG